UACUGAUAGCAUUUCACAUUCUCAGAAAGCAGAGGAAACCGGUUGUCCUCCCAUCCUUGGACAUGUGCUGCACCCGGCAGCAGCAGCAAUAGCAACGCAGGCGGCGGCGGCGGGGUUUUGUAGCAGCCUACUCGUCAUUUUGAGGCUCCUUUGGUCUUUUUUUUUAUAUAAUUCCCCCCGCCCCCAUCCUUGCGUUCUUUUGUAAUGAGCUUGUUGGGAGCUUACAAGAAAAAGACCAGUUACGAUGGCUAUGAAUGUUUGCAGCUGGUCGAUAGCGGUGGAGACAGCUUCGGCAGCUUCAGCAGCAGCGGCGGCGGCGGCGGCGGCUCUCUCGGCAGCUCCAUCGCGGCCACCCUCGGACCGAAGGCAGGCCCACUGAGAGAGGAGGACUGCAGCACCAUGGACAGCUCAGAUAUGGACGCUAGCUAUGGUGGAGGGCUGUUGGACAUGGUGAAGGGAGGAGCUGGCAAGUUCUUCAGCAACUUUAAGGACAACUUAAAAGACACUCUAAAGGACACCUCCACAAAGGUCAUGCAUCAGGUCGCCACGUACACUAAAGGAGAGCUGGACAUUGCAUAUAUUACAUCAAGGAUCAUAGUCAUGACGUACCCUGCUGAGUCAGUCCAGAUUGGCUACCAAAACCAUGUUGAGGACAUUCGCUCAUUUCUCGACAGUCGUCAUGCCGACCACUACACAGUUUUCAACCUUUCACAACGCAACUACCGUGGCGCCAAAUUCUCGAACAGGGUGUCAGAGUGCAACUGGCCUUCUCGCCAAGCUCCCAGCCUUCACAACCUGUUUGCUGUGUGCAAGAACAUGCACAACUGGCUCAAACAGAACCCAAAGAAUGUGUGUGUCAUCACAUGUUCGGACGGCCGCGCUCCCUCUGGCGUUUUGGUCUGUGCCAUGUUCUGCUUCUGCCACCUCUUCAGUCACCCAGUUCCUGCUAUGCAGCUGCUCAGCGCGAAGAGACCAGGAUCCGGACUUUGGCCCUCACACCGCAGGUACAUAGGUUAUGUAUGUAACAUGGUUUCAGAGAAGCCCACUCUGCCGCACUCCAAGCCCUUGAUGAUCAAAGCCCUCACUAUGAGUCCAAUCCCCUGUUUCAACAAGCAGCGCAGCGGCUGUCGGCCCUUCUGUGACGUCCUGAUUGGAGAGACAAAGAUCUUUACCACAGCGCAGGAAUAUGAGAGGAUGAGAGAGCACAGGAUCCAGGAGGGGAAAGUUGUUUUCCCCCUCGGUGUGAGUGUUCAUGGAGAUGUUGUGGUUUCUGUCUACCACAUGAGGUCAACAAUUGGAGGGCGUCUGCAGGCCAAGGUGUCCAACACUCAGAUCUUCCAGAUCCAGUUCCACACUGGCUUUAUUGCUCCUGGAACCACCAUGUUGAACUUUAACAAACCAGAGCUCGAUGCCUGUGACUCCCCGGAGAAAUAUCCUCAGCUGUUCCAUGUAAUCCUUGAUAUGGAGGUAGAAGGAGAGGACAUGCAGAAAGACUUGACGCCUCCAUGGGAGCAGUUUCCUUGUAAAGACCUGAGUCCCAAUGUGCUCUUCUCUGGCCAUCAGGAGUAUCAGGAGGCACUGGCUAUUGCAGAACCAAGUCGGCAACACGGAGAAGGUCGGGCCCAUUGUGAAGAGAGCGAGCCCUCCGAUGAUGAAAUGUUGUCGCUCUCGAGCCAGCGAAGCAGCAUCAGCGCUGCCUCUCAGAAACCAGAACCUGCAGCUCCAGUUCCUGUCGCACCGGCACCCACUGAGGAAGUGGACCUUCUUGGCCUGGGUGGGGAAGACAUCAACCGUCCGUGCCCCUCUUCUCAGGCUGCAGCGGCUGCAGCCACUGACCUCCUGGGAGAUUUGUUUGGGGCUCCGCCUCAGCCGGCCAGUGCGCCUUCAUCCACUCAGUCCACUCCGCACAAAGUGGCCUCCAAUACUGCCUCACCGAGCCCAUCCCCUGCUCCACCAGCAUUUCAUCCUUUUGGAACAGCUCCUAUGCCUAAGCCUCAGGAGAUGAUGGGCUCAUUCCUCGGACCAGGUAAUGUGGGGCAGCCAGACCCCUUUGUGCAUGCUCCUCGUUCUCCAUCACCCACCCUGCAGCCUACAAGCCUGGGCAGAAGCUCCCCUGUCCCACCCGCCACACCUACCGUCAACAUUCAGCAGCAAAAUGCCAUGGGAAGUUGGGACUGGAACAGACCUGCCACCACAAGCACAGGGGGAGUUUUUGGUAUUGGCAGUCGAUCAGCCACUACCAGUCCCACAGGUUCAGUCCACAGCACGCCCACCCACCAAACUAAGCCAAACAACUUGGAUCCAUUCGCCGACAUCGGAAACCUGUCCGGAAGCCUCGGAGCCUCAGGUGCUUCUGGAUUUUCCAGCAAGCCCACCACUCCAACAGGAACAAUUCCGUCCUUCCCACCAAUGGGUUCCCCGUCGCGGCCGCAGCCAUCCCCCCAGCACACAGGAGGCUGGCAGCCCCACACGGGAGCCAACUUCUCCUCCUGGCAGCCCAGUACCGGAGGUGGCGGAGGCUGGCAAGCCCAAGGACAGGGUCCGACUGCCCAACCAAAGCCCAGCCCCAGCCACACCUCCAUUCCUCACACAUCGCCUCAGAAUCGACCCAACUACAAUGUUAGCUUCUCGGCAAUGGGAGGAGGCUCUCCGAGUGCGGGGGGCAAACCACAGGCGGGAACGGGUCCUAAGCCCAGAGCCUCAGAUGCUAACUUUGAUGACCUGCUAUCUGGUCAGGGAUUUGCAGGGACCAAAGAGAAAAAAGGCCCUAGGACAAUAGCAGAGAUGAGGAAAGAGGAAAUGGCCAAAGAGAUGGACCCAGAGAAAAUUAAGAUUUUGGACUGGAUCGAGGGGAAGGAGCGUAACAUCCGCGCCUUGCUGUCCACCAUGCACACGGUGCUUUGGGAGGGAGAAACACGCUGGAAGCCAGUGGGUAUGGCUGACCUGGUUACCCCAGAACAGGUCAAGAAGGUUUACCGCAAAGCAGUGCUGGUUGUUCAUCCUGAUAAGGCAACAGGACAACCUUAUGAACAAUAUGCCAAGAUGAUUUUCAUGGAACUGAACGAUGCUUGGUCAGAAUUUGAGAGCCAAGGACAAAAGCCUCUCUACUCCUAAGAACAAGUGAAAAGCAGUGAACAACAUCAGGAUGUUCCUUCCAGUUCUGUGUUCUAACCCUUAAAAGUGUCACCAUCUCUGAAAUGACUCACCAUGUAACAUCAUCUGCCUUUAUACCUGCGCUUUCACUCAGAUUGCUCCUUUUGCCCAAAACUCCCAACAUCGGUGACGGCAACAGACGACCAAACAGACAAAAUAAGUGUCGCUGAACACAGAUAUGCUCUCUGUACGUACAGUAUGUGGUGCAACAGCAACAAAGCUCACUGACCCCUUUCUUGACCUCUAGACCCCUGAGAUCAGCUCAAUCAAACCAACAGAGACGUCUGAGACAUGGAGCUGUUUGAAAACAGGAUACCGCUGGAUAAGAGAAAAAUAAAUCAGGGAGCACAUUCAGCAAACAUUUCCUCGACUGCUCCUUGCCAGAGCUACAGAGAGAGCAGAUACUCUUACUGUAAGGCACAAAAAGCAUUUAUAUGCAUCUAUGUUAGCUAGAAUAUAGGGUUUGCUCUUUGAUCUGUGUGAAAAUUCAUUCAGGGUCUGUUGUGAAAUCCAACCCAUAGGAAGGAUAAAUUAAAAGGCAGCAACAUCAAGUUACUGUAAAAUUAUCUGAAGGUAGGUUUUUAUUCCACUAAACAUUGUUUGUUUAGAUCAGAUUGAAUCUAUUACAGUAGUCAAUGAGAAAUACCCUCAAUAUGUGUUCAGCAGAAUUAAGAUUUUAUGAUUUUCUGAGAUUUUUUUUAUCACUUUUGCUGUGUCAUGUUAAUGUGGUGUAAAGACAUUCCUGGAGGAUUUGUCGAUGCCAUUCUUUAUUCAUGAUGGUGUUCCCAGGCAAAAUUGUGAGUGGACUAGAGAGAAUCUUUACUUAAAGCAGCUACCACCAUUUCGUUUUGGAAAAGUUAUUUUUCAAGAUAUCUCAAGCAGUUUUACAUGAGGUUUCAGCCGAUAAAAUAACUUUACUUAAUUCCUUCAGCCCAUUCCUGGUACUUUAUGUAAAACAUUGGUCUUUCCUUGAUGUUUUUGUUCGCCUCACAUGCAAAAACACUUACACAUCCUUGUUGCCAUCCCUCAGUAAACUCUGCACUCAUGGUAGUUUCUCUCCUUGAAUGUGUUGAUGAUUUGACACAUUGUUUAUUUGUGUGCAUUCUUAAUAUGUGAGGCUAUUCAUAUGCAAACCAAUGAUGAUGGCUUGUGUUUCCGCAGAGAUGAUAUUGACUGACAAAAUAAGAUUUAGAGCAACACUCACUUUUAAAGCAACUAUGGUGUUUUUCUAAUUCAAUCAGAGAGCCAGUAGCUGGCCAGUCUUUGUUAACACUUUACUCUGAGCUGAUUAUAAAAUCAUUGAAUCAUUUCUGUGGCAGAACUAAAACACAUCAUGAAUUUGUUAUUUCUUUUUUAUUAGGUUUCUUUUUUUUUUUUUUUUUUUACUAAAUUUGCAGUUAUUGGUUUUAGUCUAAUAAAAAGCGCCUUUAAGAGACUAGCUGUCUGCUUAGUGAAAACAACUUUUCAGAGCUUUUUGACUGUGAUUCUUGAUAGGCUUUCAUUUCUGCUAAGUACAUGAUAAGUACAUGUUUAAAAUAAUUGGUUCUUAGAUCAAAAUGUGAAAAGAAACAACACUUUUUCCGACUACUGAUUCUCUCUGCAAGCUGGGAGUUGUACAUUUUAGGACUGUAAAGCACCUCAUGCAUAGCCUCAUAAAGUAAUAUCAAUUUGCAAUUGAAAACCUGUGAAAGCACAAACAUUUUUAAUGUAUUUAAAGAAGCAGCUGAUGCACAUGUUUGAUCAAAUUACAAAGCAAUACACCUGAAUGACAUAAAUACAUCUGUAUGUUUGCUAAAUGAGUUGUUUAAUCAUAUCAGCCAUGUUGUUUGAAUUAAUUUGUCUUCAGCCAGACAGACAAAAUUAAAAAACAAUUUGCUCACUUCAACACAACACAUAUUUGUUUCACUAAAGUGAUAAUCCCACACAAUGACUGCAUUUACCUAGAAAAGGCCAUGUGAGCAACUAGACAUUAAUCAGGAGAAAGAAGCAAACCUAAAUAGACUUUAUCGGAUAAAUCUUGAUUUAUUAAAAAUAAAAGCAAAGAUGUAAAACAUUUUACACAUUUUUACUUAUUUUGUUUAUUUCAUUCAUUAUUUUGAUAUUACUCCAUCACCUCUUUAAAUUGGAUUUUUACCUUUAAUAACUCAUAUCUUCAAAAUAAGAAGGUACUGAACUUUAAGAAUUUUAUUGUUUUCACUUGACUUGUGUUGUUUACUUUGAUGAGACAUUUGUUUCCAUUUUGCACAGUUUUAUAUCAACUCUAAUGUACAGGAGGCUUGACUUAGGGAAGUGUUUGAAAUGGUUUCAUUCCAACCUAAUUUGUGUGAGCUUUGUUCCAUUAAUAUCAGCUAUAAUUGUUCUUCAGUGUGUUGGAAAUUGUUUAAUAAUUAGAAUAAUGUCCAUGAAAACUUCAAAUACUAUAAGGCAGAUUUAGACCAGGGCAACCCUGAACAUUUGGCCAAACUGAGGUGUGACCUGAUGGUGUUGGAUGGACCCAGCACCACAGAGAUGUUGAGUUGGAUUUAGGUCAGGUGUGUUUGGGCUUCAGGAACUAUCUGAAUACUCUUGCCACAUGAAGCCUGGCAAUUUUGUACACCAGGAGAAACCCAGGACCCAAUGCACCAGAGUACAUUCUUCAACUGAUACCUAAUGGUCAUCUGGCAGAGGUCAGAGUACCAUCAGUGGAUUUACCUCCCCAGACCACAACUGACCAACUAAACCAGUCACUGUCAUGUUCUGCAGACCUUUUAUAUGUGAAAAGCUCAGCAGCACCAGUGGUUCUGGCCUUUCAGUUCUGGUAUUCUAUGGCAAACUGAGCUUUGUAAUUCUGUAUGUCAGACCAUCAGAAAGUCUGUUUCUGAUUGUUUGGUCAGAGUGGCCUGCUGGAGCUUACUUUGGUGCUGAUGUUUUUCUUUCUUGGACUAAUUAGUAGACACCAGUCCAUCAAAAGGGUUAAGGAUUAGAGAGCCCUGCCCAGCUCUCUAAUGAGUAGAGCAGGUGUCGCCAACCCUAGUCCUCUAGAGCUACUGUCCUCCAGGUUUUGGAUGUAUCAAUUCUCCCCACACCUGAAUCAAAUGAAUGACUCAUUAUCAGGCCUUUGUCAAACUUGAUUACCACUGUGAAGAGGUAAUUCAAUCAUUUGUUUCAAGUGUGUUGGGACAGGGAUCUAUCUAAAACCUGCUGGACAGCAGCUUUCAAGAACCGGAGAUUCCUGGACUCACUGGCUGUUUCCUGGAAUCAGCUCCAUGCAAACGUUUUGUGACACUCUGGAUGAGUUUCAACCUCUGCAUGGUCCAGUUAUUACUUCAUUCAACCAGGAGCACAGCAACAUUGUUUUUUACAUUUGGUUUUUACAUAUUGGAAUGCUUAACCAAUCCAAUGAAAUGUCACUAAGUUCCUGCACUAUUUGACGUUUAAUGUCCUAAUCUUAAAUGUAUUGAGAUUAGGAUUUGGGUUUCUUUGUAUUUUCCAGGUAGGGGUAGGUAUGGAAAAAGGAAGAACAUAUCUACUUCCAUUCUGAUCCCAGAUUGAAUUUCCUUCUGCGGGUUUUACAGUUUACAUUUACAGUCUGACUGUUUCAGAAAAAAAAGGAGGAAUUGUUUUAUGUAAAACAAGUUGUAGGUUUUAUGUUAUUCCCAGGUUAACAACCUGGAAAUCACGCAACUGUUUUACUUUGCUUAAAAAUACCUGGAAAAUCAACAGAUGCACCCAAAUUAAGCAUUACAUUUGCAUUCAUGUCCUCAUAAAUAGGUACCUUUCUUGACACUCAUAUUAUCUUGAUGCAGUUGAGUGGUUAGAUGAAAAUUAUUCUUUACUUUAUGCUUUCCAGUCAGUUUCAAAUAUCUCAAGAUUUCCACUGUAGAAUAAACAGCGACUGCAGGGAAGGUUUGUUUCACCCAUAGAGAACUUUCAUUCAGGAGGAAAAGUUUUGUUUGGAGCCCUUGAAAAACAGCAGGUCUCAGUCUGAAACUAAACUUGAAGCUGAUGUUUUGUGUUUUCUUUUAUUUGAGUAAAGCUGAUGAAGAGAGCUGUCUGUUAUCUAUUUACACCGAGGACCUAAAUGUGAAACGACCCUUGUUAACCCCACCGCUGACUGACAGUGCAAUCUUACAGCUAACCUCUGUACUGUAAUCAGUCCAUGUGUGUUGUUUGAAGCUGUGGUAUGUAUGAGUCAGAUUUGACUACUUUAUGUCACGUGUUUGCCUGUCUGCUGUUCAAGUAUUAAUUAAUUGUGUAAAAUUUUUGUUCAUGUGUUUUCUUUUUAGGUUCUGUUUACUGUUACAGGAUGUAUAUAAUGAACAUGUGCAGUGCACAAAAAUAAACAGUAAACAGAGUGAAA